CACUGUGAAGAGCAAUGAAGAGCGUAGAGAGCGAGGAGGACAGGAGGGGGGGGAAGAUAAGUGAAUGCAAAACAGAGGACAUACUGGAGAGAGACAGGAAGACUGUAGAGUGUACAGAAGCCUGGAUGCCUGAGGAACACUAUGGACAUACAGAAGACAGAAAGGACAACGUGUAAAAAACGAAUUGGCAGUUAGAGGUGCAGAUCACUGCAGCAGAGGUGCUAGCGUCUUUUGCAUCGGUGCGCCGGGCUCUAGUGAGCGGGGAAGGGCUCUUCAUAGAGGAGCAUGGCAGCCUGGUUAGCUGGUGUUGCUGCGGCGGGAUGGAUUGAGUCUAAUUCAUUAUUCUAGAAGAAAACACACCUCCACUGUCUACACAGGCCACUGCAUCAUCCACUAUGCGCAGGGAUCGAGAGCAAGCACAUGGAAUUGCGUGCCAUCGUCAACAACACAGCAGAACUCUACCUUCCCACAGCAGCAGCACAUCUAGCAUUGAUAACAUUAGCCCGGGCAACAGCCGAGAUAUUAGGUAGCACUUUAUGUAGCUUAAAUUGCAGUUUUAGUGAAAGCUAAACAAAAAAGCAGUGUCUGAAUUUUUUUUUUUUUUCUUAUAAUUGCAUUUUUGAUACCAGUGGCUCUCAGGUUUGUGUAUAAUUUUUGCAUAUCAUUUGGUAGAUGGUGGGCAGUAGUUGUUGUUUGAGUUUACUGAAGUUUGUGGUUGGUAUGGUGAGGAGAGCAGAUGCUCUAACUGGAUUGGCUGAUGAAGGCCUCCUGGAUACGACUGCUGAAACGAGCAACAGGGAACCAAGUCAAGAACAACAUCGGUGGUUCAGCGGACUCAUACACCAGUCGGCCGUCUGACUCGGAUGUGUCUCUGGAGGAAGAUAAAGAGACAUUACGCAGAGAAGCUGAGAGACAGGCUCUGGCUCAGCUCGAAAAGGCCACGUCUAAACCAGUGGCGUUUGCAGUACGUACUAAUGUUGGCUACAGUGCUUCUCUUGAAGACGACGUUCCUGUGCCUGGAAUGGGAAUCUCAUUUGAGGCUAAAGAUUUCCUUCAUGUUAAAGAAAAAUUUAAUAAUGACUGGUGGAUUGGUCGCUUGGUGAAAGAAGGGUGUGACAUCGGUUUCAUCCCAAGUCCAGUGAAACUUGAAAGCAUUCGCAUCCUCCAGGAGCUACGUGCAAAACAAGGGAAAUUUUACUCAAGUAAACUAGGGGCAAACUCUUUAUCCAGUUUAGGAGACAUUGUUUCUAACUCACGUAAAUCAACCCCUCCAUCCUCAGCUGUGGACAUAGACGCUGCAGGGUUAGAUCCAGAGGAGAGUGACCCUCCUCUCCAUCAGCGUUCACCCAAAGCCAGCCCAAAUACAGUAAUACCCCCUUUAGCCCGUGAGAAGCGAAUGCCUUUCUUUAAGAAGACAGAGCAUGUUCCUCCGUAUGACGUGGUGCCGUCGAUGAGACCCGUGGUGCUGGUGGGACCGUCGCUCAAGGGCUACGAGGUAACAGAUAUGAUGCAGAAAGCGCUGUUUGACUUUCUGAAGCACCGUUUUGAGGGGAGGAUCUCGAUCACUCGGGUGGCUGCUGAUAUUUCUCUGGCCAAGCGCUCUGUGCUCAACAACCCCAGUAAACAUGCCAUCAUCGAGCGCUCGAACACACGCUCCAACUUAGCCGAGGUUCAGAGUGAGAUCGAGAGGAUCUUUGAACUGGCUCACACGCUGCAGCUGGUGGUUCUUGACGCCGACACGAUAAACCACCCGACUCAACUGGGAAAAACAUCUCUUGCUCCAAUUAUUGUCUACAUCAAGAUCACCUCUCCAAAGGUUUUGCAGCGGUUAAUAAAGUCUAGAGGAAAGUCUCAGGCAAAACAUCUCAAUGUUCAGAUGGUGGCAGCAGACAAACUUGCCCAGUGCCCUUCAGGGCUUUUCGACAUCAUUCUUGAUGAGAAUCAGCUGGAAGAUGCCUGUGAGCACAUGGCUGAUUAUCUGGAGGCCUACUGGAAAUCCACUCAUCCUCCCAGCGUCCCGCAGACAAACCCUCUGCUGGAGAAACUCACCACCGUCGCCUGCAAGGACUCACUGACUAAUCCACAACCAAAGGGCAGAGCGGGUGAGCAGACAGCAGAGAGACCAGCGGACGACAGGACAGGCUUUUAUGAAGAAUACCAUCAUCAUCAUCAUCAUCAUCACUACCAAACUCAGAAGCAAGGAAGUUUGGAAGACGACAACGCUGAGGAGCGAGAUGCUACAGCUAACCACGACCAACAACCGAGUGAAUGGAGAAGCGGCCACAAACACCACAGUCAUCUUCAUCAUCAUCACCGCCAUCACAGUCGCACCACGAGGACGCUUUCCAAACAAGAGACGUCAGAGUCCAUGUAUCCAGAGCCUCUCGCGGGACAAACACAGGAAGAGGAACCGCCAAACCAUCACCAUCAUCACCACCGGGGUGACAGAGAGAAGGAAUACGACCACAAUGAGAGGAACGGACGGCAAAGAGGAAAGCAGAGGUCACAACGAGACCCUCAUCACGAGCGGGACAGGAAACAGGGAGAGGAGGAACGGGCGAGAGAGCAUUACAUAGAGCAGUGACACACAAACACACCGACCUCAAUCUCAUGUGUUCUUACAGGCCAAUGACACGUGUAUCCAUACAGGACUUUUCCAAGUGUGGACACAUUCAAUAAAGACAAUUAUAUAUGAUUUAACAUGGCAUUGAUGAUGAAAUUCUCUUUAAAGAUUGUAGAAUUUUGUGUAUUUAUUUUUAGUUCUGUUUUUUAAUUGAUUUGCAUUCCUGGUCUUAUUGAACACAUCAUAGACGCAUGUUAACCCAAAGGAGAA